AUGGGCCGGCGGCGGCUCUGUCUGCUUCGGUUCCUGGGGCCUAGCACCGGAAAGAUCCGGCUGAUCCCGCGGGAGGCAGACUAUCCCGAGGUGAGUAUGGUGGCCUGCCUGGACCUGCAAGUGCUCUUCCUCACCCAACUGUACGACUUCCAGUUCGAGCCCGAUGGCGAGUGCUUGGUCUUGCAGAAUUUCCUUCUGGAAGAGCCCCUCCAGAUGGUCUUCCAGAAGGCCGAGAUGCAGCCUGCUCGCCGCGCCGCGCGUCGCUCCCGGCGAGCUUCGCAGUCGCAGGUCCUUGUGAAGGGUAUGUCUUCCAGGGAUCCUUGCGAGGCGGACAUGCAUGAGAAGCUGUGGACAGCCUUGCGGCAUGGUGGCUGCGACGGCUUCCUGGAAAUCCCAAAGACCAGGUUUGACAUUGACCAGUACAUUGACUACGAGGACCAGCAGAGAGCCAUGGCAUCCUUCAAGAGCUACUGCCGCCAUCAAGGCCACAUCGAAGGCAUUGAGAUUUUCGAUGCCGCAUUCUUCAACAUACCAGACCAGGAGGUGAGAGGGAUGGAUCCGGAGCAGCGGAUCUUCAUGGAAACAGGUUGGCUGGCCAUGAGCGACGCUGGCUACGAGCGCGAGAAGGUUCGAAUCGAGUCUGCUCACAUCGGGGUCUUCGUUGGCAUCAGUGGCUCCGACUGGCGGGAUGUUUGCAAAGCGCCUUCGGCAAACGGAGUUCCAGAGACCUUCAUUGCGAACCGCUUCUCGUACGCCAUCAACCUGAAGGGCCCCAGCUUCAUUGUGAAUACGGCCUGUUCAGCCUCCCUGGUGGCUCUGCAUUCGGCCAAGACGCACCUCCUGAUGCCCCAGGACCCGUUGGAUGCCUGCCUCAUCGCUGGCAUAAGCCUCAAUGUCUCUCCAGGGACUUGGGCUGGGAACUGCGCAGGUGCCAUGCUUUCCUUCCGUGGUCGGUGCUUCUCCUUCAACAACACAGCGGACGGCUAUGGGCGUGGCGAAGGCUGUGCCGCUGCAGUGCUGGGCCGUGGCGAGUACGACCAAGAUGACGAUACAACUUGUGGAACGUUGGCCGCCAGCCACAGCAACUCGGAUGGCCGCUCCGCCAGCCUCACGGCCCCGAACGGCCCGGCACAGCAGCGCCUGCUGCGAGCAGCUCUUAGUGAGGCGCGUCUUCAACCGACAGAUCUGGACAUCUACGAAGCUCAUGGUACGGGGACUUCUCUCGGAGACCCUAUCGAGGUGAGCGCUGUCCGCAAGGUUCUGACGCAGAGGGAGAAUCCUGUGAUGAUCUCCUGCUCGAAGACGAACCUGGGACAUUUGGAGGGCGGUGCAGGGAUGUCCGCCUUCUGCAAGUGUGUCCUUGCCUGCAUGCACGCGGAAGUCGCGCCCAACCAGCACCUCCGCGUGCAGAAUCCCAACAUGGACACCGAAGGCUGGCCCGCGCUUCUUCUGCAAGAGGGCCAAGCCCUGAAGGGCGAGGCCUCCUAUGUGGGCGUCAGCGGCUUCGGGUACGGUGGCACCAACAGCCAUGCGAUGGCCUUCGGAAAGAAUGUAGUCACCUCCCGUGGUGGCAGGGCAAAGAACUCGGAAGACGCCCUCAUCCGCCAGGUGCGCAGUGCCCCUCCGGAGAUCGCGAUGGUCGGCGACAAUUUCGAAGACUGGCAGAGCAACGGGGUGCCGCAUCUCUCGAUGAAGCCUGGGCAGUCCUUCCAGGUUGACGUCAUGGAGGGUGGCCGAACCUUCUGGUCUGCAGUGCCCUCAUCGAAGCCCAGAUCUGUGAAGAGCUUGUCCAUCCAAGGGUCCUUCAACGGUUGGACGGCAGAGAGCAUGGUGGCCAGGGAGACGCGUGUGGGCUUGUACGAGUUCGAGCUGAGCCUGGGAGCUUCCGGCAGCGAGAGCUUCCAGGUCUUGGUGGAUGGGCUCACGUCCCAGGUGUUGCAUCCCGCCGAGCCUCACUGCACCUCGCGUGUGGCGCCCGUUCGCGGCCCGCGUCACGACGCUGGCCGAGAGCUGGCGUGGAUGAUCCAGGGCGCGCAGAGGGAUCGCUUCUUGAUCGAAGUCUUCCUACCCCCUGGAGAAGUACAGUCCAUGUCUGUAACUUGGUUUAAGCUGCGCGACAUUGCACCUCUUCCACAGCUGCAGACGCCGCCGGCUCCGGCCCCUCAGCCGAUGGUGCUGGACGAGCUGGGCAUCGAAGAAUGA